ACCCACCUUCAUCCAUUGUUAUUCCCACAAUCUCUCUCUCUCUCUCUCUCUCUUUACAACGUAGCUUCUCAAAACACCAAUUAAACACAAAAAACAUGACUUUAACACUACGUUCAUCAACUUCUUUCAUCAAUCUUAAAGACACCAGGAGCCUGAAAACUCCCGAGGAGUUCUCCAGCACAGUUUUCUUCGCACAAACCAAGCCAUCAUGCCGUGUCCGAGCUGUGAGGAGCUCGACCGAGCAGGAAGUAGUCUCGCGCGACAAGGCCUUGAUAGGCGCCACAGAAGGGUGGAGAAACGAGAAGGAGAAGUUUCACGCGCUGUCAGGCGGUCACUACACCAGUAAUGAUUCGAGGGUCCCUGUGUUUGUGAUGCUGCCGCUCGACACAGUGACGCACGGAGGGAAUCUGAACAAGCCGCGAGCCAUGAAUGCCAGCUUGAUGGCGUUGAAGAGCGCCGGAGUGGAAGGAGUUAUGGUGGACGCUUGGUGGGGGUUGGUGGAGAAUGAUGGGCCUCUCAAAUACAACUGGGAAGGGUAUGCUGAGCUUGUCCAGAUGGUUCAAAAGCAUGGCUUGAAGCUCCAAGUUGUCAUGUCUUUUCAUCAGUGCGGAGGAAAUGUUGGAGACUCUUACAGCAUUCCGUUACCUCCAUGGGUGCUGGAAGAAAUCAGCAGGAACCCAGACCUUGUGUAUACAGACAGAUCAGGCAGGAGGAAUCCUGAGUACAUCUCCUUGGGUUGUGAUUCACAGGCUGUUCUCAGAGGAAGAACACCCAUUCAAGUCUACUCUGACUACAUGAGAAGCUUCCGUAACAGAUUCAAAGAUUACUUGGGGGAGGUUAUUGUGGAAAUUCAAGUGGGAAUGGGUCCUUGUGGGGAGCUCAGAUAUCCAUCUUAUCCAGAGAGCAAUGGAACAUGGAGGUUUCCUGGAAUUGGAGAAUUUCAAUGCUAUGACAAGUACAUGAGAGCUUCCCUAGAAGCAGUAGCAGAGGCGGAAGGGAAGAGUGACUGGGGAAGAAGUGGACCGCAUGAUGCCGGUCAGUACAAUCAAUUUCCUGAAGACACCGGAUUUUUUCGCCGGGAUGGAACAUGGAACACUGAGUAUGCAGAUUUCUUUCUGAAGUGGUAUUCUGAAAAGCUAAUAGAGCACGGUGACAGAAUAUUUGCUGCUGCAAAAGGAAUAUUUCAAGAAACUGGAGCAAAACUUUCAGGAAAAGUAGCUGGAAUUCACUGGCAUUACAGAACAAGGUCUCAUGCAGCUGAGCUAACCGCUGGAUACUAUAACACUAGACAUAGAGAUGGUUACCUUCCAAUAGCACGAAUGAUGGGCAAACAUGGAGUUGUACUUAACUUCACCUGCAUGGAAAUGAAAGACGGAGAACAACCCGAGCAUGCGAAUUGCUCGCCGCAAGGCUUAGUUCGGCAAGUAAAGAUGGCGACAAGGAGUGCUAGAAUAGAACUUGCAGGGGAGAAUGCUCUGGAGAGGUAUGAUGAGAGUGCAUAUGGACAAGUUUUGGAAACAAGUAGGUCCGAUUCCAGCAAUGGAUUGUGUGCAUUCACGUAUUUAAGAAUGAAUAAGAGGUUGUUCGAAGAAAAUAAUUGGCGGAACAUGAUGCAAUUUGUGAGAAGCAUGUCGGAAGGUGGUCAAAACACGAGACUUUCGGAGAGCGACUCCAGUGGGACUAACCUUUAUGUUGGACUCAUCAAAGAGAAGAAUGUGAGGAAUGUUGAAGAGGUUGCUCUUGUGUAAAGACUAUCUAUGCUUGUUAAGUUGUAAUCAUGCAUAGUUUAGUGUAUUAUAAUGUAGAGAAAAAAGGAAAACGGGGAAAAAAAACAUGAAACCUAUACACUAUAUAACCUCAGUCUCUUAUACUAGCUCUGACAGUGUUAAAGACAGAAUAGAAUUCUGUAUCUGCAACACCUAUAGUCUGUAGAGUUUGGAGCCUGAAUUUUUCAAAGGCAUUAAGUUGUCGUUUUUAUUUUUAUUUUGAUAAGGCAUUAAGUUGCCAUUUGACUGCUAUUAAAAAAGGCAUUUGCCAAACACCUAAUUUGCUUAAAA